CAAAACAAGCGUCUGCAAUUGGUAGUGACGGAAACCAACGGAAUGAGGCGUCCGUAGCGUCCGUUGCAAAGCAAUCCGUCGCGCGAAUUAAUUGACUCGGUGCAAAUGACCGGAGUGACUUCUCUUGGUUAAGUAGUGAAAGGCUUAAUUGUCACAUUAUGUCGAGCAAACCUUCCAGGCCAGCUCCACCACCACCGAAACCUGGCAGCGUGAAAGUCUUCCGAGCACUCUACAAAUACCAUGCUCAACAGCCAGAUGAGCUGUCGUUUGAAGAAGGGGACUUACUGUACGUUUUCGACAUGAUGUCCGAUCCGAACUGGUGGAAAGCACGGUGUGACCGUCGGUCGGGGCUUAUUCCGAGUAAUUACGUUGAAGAGAAUGCAGAGGAAGUGCUUCACCCUCUUCAUGAGUCAGCAAAACGAGGCAACCUGCAGUUCCUAGAAGAAUGUCUCUCUAACAAGGUUUCAGUCAAUAGCCUUGAUAAGGCUGGGUGCACAGCAUUGCAUUGGGCAGCACACGGAGGUCAUGUGGAGUGUGCUCAAAUAUUGCUUUCCAUAACUGGGGUUCAAGUUGAUGUACAGAACAAACUUGGUGACACGCCGCUCCACUCUAGUGCUUGGAAGGGACACAGCGACAUUGUUCGCAUGCUGCUUGCUGCAGGAGCCAACAAAAAUGUAAAGAACAAAGAAGGAAGAACACCACUCGAACUUGCAAGUGAUCCAGAAACUGUUGCCUUACUGAAGUCAUCUCAGAGGACCUCCAUUUCUACGGAUCCUGAAGAGUACCUCCAGUCAGAUGAGGAUUCAAAUUGACCGAUAACUGGUGCCCAUUUCACAAGGCUCCAGCUUUGAUUGUUUUUACAGUAAGGACUAUGCAUGAGCAGAAUGCAUAAGAAUUUUAUUCAACUAACAUGGCAUUAAAUCUGUUUUUUAUAUUGAA